CUCCGCCAUCCCAUUAGGAGGAAAGCUGCUGUUCAGUCCAUGAAGACGUGUGCCGCAAGAGUAGGAGACACUCCCAAAGAGUUUCAGUGCCCAUUUGGACGUCCACAAUCAGAGAUGGCAGCAGAGGUGGCAUCCCGGAAAGCUACUGAGCCUUGGUCUUUUCAUCCAGUAUAUGCAAGAUACAGGCGACACUAUCAUCAGGCGAUGGCCUGGAUGCGAAGCCACCAUGGUGCCCACAGGAAGGCCGUGGAAUCGUAUUUCAGUUGCCCGUGGUCCUUCCCUCCUGCAGCUCUUCCCCAAAGCUCUUACACUAACAAGGCCAAAUCUCCUCGGCCCUCUCGUGACCAUCUCCCGGCUUCCACGGACUCGCACUGCGGUUCUGUACAUUCCAGAAGGUCUGGGCAGCAUCCACCAGCCCGCCCAAGACAACGCCGAGCUUGGCCCGCCACGGAGGAGGCGGAGUCCGAGUCAGAUGGGGGCGUGGAGUGCGACCUGAGCAACAUGGAGAUCACCGAGGGGCCGCGCCAGUACUUCGCCGAGACCGAGAGGCACAGGGAAGAGCGCCGGCGGCAGCAGCAGCUGGACGCCCAGCGCCUGGACGGCUCCGUGAACGCCGACCACGGCCUGUACUACAGCACCCGCCGCUCGGGGGAGCCCCCGUCCCAGAGGCCUGGCGAGCGGCGCAAGGCCGAGAUGAAGCGCUUGUAUGGGGACAGUGCCGCGAAGAUCCAGGCCAUGGAGGCCGCCGUGCAGCUGAGCUUCGACAAGCACGGUGACAGGAAGCAGCCCAAGUACUGGCCGGUCAUUCCGCUCAAGUUCUGA